AUGCCUCCUCCACCACCUCCACCAGUUAACGUUCCCCCUCCUAAAGUAACUGUUUCCAAUACUCCACCUCCAAACGUGGAUACUGCAGGAAGAGGUGAUUUAUUAUCCUCGAUCCGUAAAGGACAAAAGUUGAAGAAGGUACCAGAAAGUGAGAAGAAGGAAAAGACUGGAGAUGUUGUUGGAAAAGUGGUUGAUCCUAAUGCUCCAAAGAAGCCUUCCACAUCCUCGGCAUCGAGUACUGCCAAUGCCCAACCAAAACCAAGCUUUGUUCCAACUGGAAAUCCCAUGAUGGAUGAAAUUCUCAAGAAGAGACAAGGUCUUGGAUCAUCGGCCAAUACAAGCAGUAAUGCUUCAGCAACUAGUGCCAAUACGAGCUCUUCAAAUAUGUCGUCGCCACCCAAGAGAACACCUCCAACAGUUCCACCCACCCGAACCACACCAUCAACAACAGCAACCACAAGUAGUAUUAACAGCAGCAGCAAUAGUGUACAGCCACCCACACGUCCAAGUUUACCACAACGUAACCCUCCACCCAGAGAACCCUCUUCACAACCUCCAUCCGUUCCUCCAUCAAGAUCAGGUGGCUUUCCUCCAUCGGUGCCAACUUCAAAGGGAGGCAUGGGCUCAACAACGACCACUACAUCAUCAUUCAAUUCAACAGCAUCUACACAGCCUCCUGUAAGGUCCACUCCACCACCACCAAUGAGUAGAACAAAUUCGGGAGGUGUUACCACAUCAACAGCUACGGCAACAUCUCAGCAACCACCUGUGAGAAGCUCUCCGCCACCUGUUAGACCCAGCUCAACAGCUACACAGCCACCACCUACUGUGAACACGAACUCAACAACAUCAGCCACAGACGCAAAUGGAACCGGAAGAAGAGCACCUCCUCCUGUGCCACAAGGUGGGCGAAGAAAUCCUCCUCCUCUCCCAUCAAAAGGAACAUCACCUCCUUCGUUGCCACCAAAAUCAUCCUCGAUAGGAGUGAAUGCCAACAACAACACUACAACAUCACCAACAACUGCAACAGUCACACCUCCUCCGAGAACAUCAAAUGCUGGAAUAGAGAAGAGACCUCCUCCACCACCAAAGCAACCAGUUUCAACUCCUCCACCUGUGGAGUCACCCACUUUGGACAGCUCUGGAGGUAUUCAAACUGAGGGACGAUUUCAAUUUAGAGUGGAUGAUCUUCCAAGUGUUCCUGCAUUUUCUGGCAAACCAAAAAUUUACAAAUCUCGUAAAUAA